AUGUCUUCCUCGGCUGUAGACCAGACGGCCUUGAUGAAGGAGGUACUUGGAGCCUUGAAGACCUUACAGACCAAUCAGAUUCAACUUGCCGCCAACGUUGAUGCUAUCUCAGGUCGUGUCAAUGUCCUGGCGGGCAUGAAGGAGGUUCGCGAUGUAGCAAAUGACUCCUCAAGCAAAUCGUCCACUGUCUCCAAGAGCAUUGAUACAAGUGCCCCUGACCACGAUCCUUCUGAUGACCAUGUACCAAGCUCGCCAUCCCUUCCAGCUUCGGAGUUGGAAGGGGUUAAAGAAUCCACCCAGAUUGCCCUUGCUCCCAAGUCUAGUUCCACUUCAAGAAUCAUCCUCACAACGUAUCCCAGCCAAUCCGGCAUUAACCCACUCCCAAUGGAUUGGGGCAACAAAGAUUUCCAGCUGCGAGGUCCUGUUGUUGUGUCCAGAACCCAGUCAACGAUUCGUAGAAGAAAUGCUAUUGGAGCGCAUGGUGGUUCUUAUUCCAUAUACUACGCGCUCGCCGUGGCUAGUAAGGAAAUCAAGGUAGACCAUAGACCCGACUUUACCAACACUGAGCCGGCCGCCAAUAUUGGUCCCUUCCCGCAAUGGGCCGACAAGAAGAAAAUCGUUUCCAUGGAUCCGCUUGGUCACUUGUCCCCGUGGCUUUUCUCCGAGACUAUUGAGAAGGAAAAUGUUGAUAUUCGUCCAACGAUUGCGAUCACCCGAGCACACAUGAAGCUCCCAGAAUUAGAGCAGAGUGUUCGUGAGGGUCGCCUUAUUCCCGACGGGAAGGUUUGCCUGAAUGAGAGUGGUGAGCUGGCAGUGACUAAAUUCGCUGUCGAACCAGUUUGGUAUCUCCCGGGUGUUGCAGAGAGAUUUGGAAUUGGUACGUUUCUCGUCUCACCAACUGUUACACCAGCUUACCUUUCAUCAGAUGAAGGGACUCUUCGAAGAUCACUAUUUGAGCAUACAGGAGGAUCUUAUCCCGAGCUAAUCACCAGAGGUGAUAUCAAACUCUUCUUACCGCCAAUAGGUGGGCUUACGGUAUAUUGUUUUGGGGAUCCCGCCAAGAUGUCAGACGAGAAAGUGAAGCUAGCCCUGAGAGUUCAUGAUGAGUGUAAUGGGAGUGACGUGUUCGGAUCUGACAUCUGCACGUGUCGUCCUUACCUUAUCUACGGUAUUGAGGAGGCUGUCAAGGAGGCACAAAAGGGCGGAAGUGGUGUUGUAAUCUAUUUCCGCAAGGAAGGCCGCGCCCUUGGCGAAGUUACAAAGUACUUGGUCUACAAUGCAAGGAAGCGCGGAUCGGACCGUGCCUCAGAGUAUUUCAAACGGACUGAGAACAUCGCGGGUGUAAAGGACAUGAGAUUCCAAGCCUUGAUGCCCGACAUUCUUCAUUGGCUGGGAAUUAAGAAAAUUGACAGAAUGUUGAGUAUGAGCAACAUGAAGCACGACGCUAUCGUAGGCCAGGGGAUCCCCAUUCAUGAACGAGUUGAGCUUCCCGAGUCCUGGAUUCCUGCAGACUCUCGAGUCGAAAUAGAUGCCAAAAUCAACGCAGGUUAGAUAUUUCACUACUGGCUACCGAAUGACCGAAGAAGAACUUGCCGCUGUGAAGGGAAGGACUUGGGAAGAGUAAGCAUCUCAUUCGAGCGAUUCCAGGACCGAAACUGA